AUGUUUAACGGACAUGUAUUUGGUACCAGCUCGAAACAUGAAAAUUGUUUCGAUAAUGUCAAAGUUUCAGCAAACGCGUGGGAUACCAAUUUAGUCAAAGUUAAUCCGACUUUUGUCGCUCUCAAUUGGAAUGCGGGAGGUGGUGGCGCUUUCGCUGUAAUUCCUCAUAAAAAUGCUGGCAAAGUCCCUGACAAUUUGCCCCUCUAUCGAGCUCACACCGCUCCUGUAUUGGAUACGGAUUUCGCCAAUUUUAAUGACUAUGUGAUCGCUUCCGCCUCAGAAGACACCAAAGUAAUGAUUUGGAAUAUUCCCGAGGAACUUCCUGAUCUUAGUGAUUUAGACAAAGAAAUACCAGAUAUUCAACCUGUUGCGAAAUUAAGUGGUCAUGGAAGGAAAGUUGGACACGUUCUAUUUCAUCCUACUGCGGACAAUGUUCUAGCUUCUUCAUCCGCGGAUUUGACAAUAAAAUUAUGGGACAUCGAGAAGGGAAGUGAAAAAUCAGAAUUAACCGGAUUCACCGAUUUUGUACAGUCACUUGCUUGGAAUUGGAAUGGUAGCUUGUUGGCAACUACUUCACGUGAUAAAAAAUUACGGAUUUUCGAUGUGAGAGCGAAUAAAGUUGCAAUACAAGCUGAUAAUCAUCAGGGGGUGAAAGGUGCUCGAGUAGUUUGGCUUGGUGAUAGUGAUAGAAUCGUGACCACGGGUUUCUCGAAGAUGAGUGAUCGGCAAGUGUGGCUUUGGGACACGACCACGCUGGGUAAACCAAUUAAAGAUUUCAAUAUUGAUACCUCAUCGGGAAUUGUUAUGCCUUUCUAUGACAAUGACACAAAAAUUUUAUUCCUCGCUGGAAAGGUAAUAGAGAAUAAUCUUGACGGGAAUAUUCGUUAUUACGAAUUUGAAAAUGAUGAAUUAUACCCCCUUUCAGAAUUCAAAUCAUCCGAACCUCAACGUGGAAUGGCAUUUUUACCCAAACGAGCAUUAAAUGUUACGGAAGUUGAGAUUGCAAGAGCAUACAAAGUUACCGGCAAUUUAAUCGAGCCAAUUUCGUUUGUUUUGCCGCGUCGGUCAGAUGCUUUCCAAUCUGAUAUAUACCCACCCACUGUGAGCGAUGAGCCCGCCCUCACAGCUGACGAAUUCUUCGCUGGUAAGAAUGCAAAUCCGAAAACAAUCAGCCUAGAAUACGGAUUUCAAUCAAAAGAGAAAAAAGAGUUCGUUUCUUCUGCGCCAAAAGAAGAGGAAAAAGAAUUGCAAUUGCCAAAAACCGAAAAAGAGUAUCAAGAAGCAUAUCACACUCUUCGCCAAGAAAACGAAGAUCUACGAAAUCAAGUAGCACAACGGGAUGUUACCAUUCGUGCACUAACAGCCCAGCUUGAACAGUUGAAAGCUGCAGCUUCGUGA